UCGGGAACAACAAGCAUGGCAUUGUGAUGCUGACAACCAACUGAGUGAAGUGAUGAAGAAGACACCUUACUAUUACAGUAAUAUAAAGGAUAUAAUCCUAACUUGACCUCAAUGUAAUGCAAUUUGAUUUUCAAUAAAUAAGCAUGCAAUAAACAAUGUUACAAGUAGCAUACAAAUGAUAUAAUGUUGACAGUAACACCACAGACACUGUUAACCAUAUGCUCCUUGAGCAAUGACAGAUUAUAAAAACCGUGGCCAGGGCAGAGGCAAGUCGCAGUAGAGUGAGAGGGACUGAACAGAGUACGCAGAGAAGGGAAUUGUACAACUUUGAACAGGCUGCAUCUGAGACUUUCUGAAUUGCGGUGCGUACGUGACUAACCUGGAGAAGAAUGAAAGGCAUGUGCUAUUUUACCAAUGUGGUCCUGUUCUGCAUAGCCAGUGGAGCAAGUGGAUGGCUCAUCCAUAACUCGACAGAUUCCACUUCAAUAGCCAAUUUCACCGACAUGAACUCAACGUUAAACGCGCAGGUGUCUGCGCUCAUCCCCAAGUCUAGACGGAAACGCUGGAUUUCACAAAGUGACAUGCUUGCCAUCCUUGACUAUCACAAUAAAGUCCGAGCAAACGUCUUUCCACCUGCUGCAAAUAUGGAGUAUAUGGUGUGGGAUGAAGGCCUUGCCAGAUCUGCUGAAGCCUGGGCAGCCACGUGUCUCUGGGAACAUGGACCACCAUUCCUACUGAGAUACCUGGGACAGAACCUGUCGGUCAGAACAGGGGGAUAUCGCUCCAUUCUGCAGCUGGUCAAACCUUGGUAUGACGAAGUCAAUGAUUACAUGUUUCCAUACCCUCGUGACUGCAACCCCAGGUGUCCAAUGAGGUGCUCUGCACCGAUGUGUACACAUUACACUCAGAUGGUGUGGGCUACAACGAACAGAGUUGGCUGUGCAGUUCAAACGUGCUAUAACAUGGUUGUCUGGGGAGCCAUGUGGAGACAAGCAACAUACCUGGUCUGUAAUUAUUCCCCAAAGGGGAACUGGGUAGGAGAACCUCCCUACAGAGUUGGCAUCCCAUGUUCAGCAUGCCCACCAAGCUACGGAGGCUCAUGUAGUAACAACCUAUGUUUCCCUGCAAUAACGUCCAACUACAUGUACUGGUUCAAGUAAACCAUUUAGACAUCUGUUUUAAUAAUGAACUGUCAGAUAUCAUAAUUUCACAUUGCUUCAAAUGUCAGAUGUAUUUUCCCCAAGUACUUUAUAUGUACAAUGUACCUUUUUAUACAAUUACACAUUUUGAAUUAUAAGCUACAUUUGAUUUGGUUUUGAGAUGUAAAUGAGUAUCAUACAUUGUUAUGUUGUAGCAUACAACUUAUUGUUGUCUUACCAUCAUAUUGAUGGUCAAAUGUAUUGAUCAGCAAUCAUGUUGUUUUUGUUGGUGACUUUUGAUUGACUAUUUGGUACAGAGGUCAAACCUACAAAUACCUCCACUAAGGCAGUGGUCAAUAAGCUUCCUCAUAAUUAUAAAGACAAGAGUAUAUUGGAUCGAUCGACUCCAGCUCACUGUACCAUAUGUCAGUAGCAUUUUCAACAUUGAGAAAUAUUGUUUUUAUUAAAGAUUUACUGUAUUUUUGUAAGUACUUCUGAAGUGUUUUCCAGAACAUGAAUUACAUGUUUUUUUUAUUUUAUUUGCAUGAAGCUUCAUAUUUUUACACCAUUGAAUGUCACUUAUAUUUGUGUUCAUGUAAUUGCUAUGGCCCGUUACCAUUGUUAUAGAAUAAAGACUGCUAAACUCUA